AGCGCAGGGCUGGUGAAUUUCUUUUUUCCAUAUUUUUGCCCUUUGUGCGUGUGUGUGGGCCCUGGCGAUGUGGUAGUAUGUGAUACAAAGUCGCCGAGUUGAAGUCUUGCGUUUUGUUGAGUUUUUCGUCCAACUGUUCAAGUGCAAUAAUAACACAGUGGUAAUGCGGAAUAGCUAAUAAAUAAUAAUAAAAAACUACGAUUUAAAGAGCGCUAAAAACGGCAAAGGGAUACGAGCAUACGAAUAGCCGAGCAGAAGUGAACGAUCGAGGGAUUCAGGACAAGGACGCGAGUUCAGGAAGUUAAGGAAUCGCACCCGGAAUCCUUCAGCCUCCAUCACAAACAUCCUCCACAUCCUUCAGUAAUCACCAGCAACAGUCAAUCGGACUCGCGAGCUAAAUGUCCAGUUGCCGCUAUCGCUCCAUACGGACGGCGUGUCACUCCCGACAAAUGCGUAUUGUGGUUGACCUUGUUUAAUAUAAUUAUGGCCGAGCGGUCGUUACAAAAGUAUCAGAAAUUGGAUACAGUGACGGUUGGAAGCGGCUCAGGAAGUAGUGCAAGCAGAGCAUCAACAGGACUCCUUAGGCGGGGGGCACUUGGGUCGAAAGGGAGCCCAUCGCUUAGCUGAUAGAAUGGGUGGCCCGAAAAAAGAGGAAAACCCACCAGGUGGUGGUCCGACGUCAUUGUUUAUUCUAACCGAGGAUAACCCAAUUAGAAAGUACACACGAUUCAUCAUAGAAUGGCCGCCCUUUGAAUACGCUGUGUUAUUGACAAUCAUAGCCAACUGUGUUGUGUUGGCACUAGAGGAGCACUUGCCGGGGGGCGACAAGACAGUAUUGGCUCAAAAAUUGGAAAAAACGGAGGCCUAUUUUUUAUGCAUUUUCUGUGUAGAAGCGUCGCUCAAGAUCCUCGCCUUAGGGCUUGUUCUGCAUAAACACUCCUAUCUCAGGAAUAUUUGGAACAUCAUGGAUUUUUUCGUUGUAGUUACGGGAUUCAUGACACAGUACCCACAAAUAGGGCCCGAGGUAGACCUAAGAACACUUAGAGCCAUUCGUGUGCUACGGCCCUUAAAAUUAGUGUCUGGAAUUCCUAGUUUACAAGUAGUUUUAAAAUCUAUAAUCAAGGCGAUGGCACCUUUACUGCAAAUCGGUCUCUUGGUGUUGUUUGCAAUCGUAAUUUUUGCAAUCAUUGGACUCGAGUUUUAUUCGGGCGCACUGCAUAAGACUUGUUAUAGCUUAGAAGAUCCAAACAAACUAGUGAAGGAGGGCGAUUCAGAGACGCCUUGCAACACGGACAACGUCCUGGAAAAGGCCACCGGCUCCUUCGUAUGCAACAACACCACGAGCAUGUGUCUGGAGAAGUGGGAGGGACCAAAUUCAGGUAUCACGAGUUUCGAUAACAUCGGAUUUGCCAUGUUGACCGUAUUCCAAUGUAUCACGAUGGAGGGCUGGACGUCAAUAUUGUAUUGGACCAACGACGCUUUAGGUUCAGCAUGUAAUUGGAUAUAUUUCGUGCCUCUUAUAGUUAUAGGCUCAUUUUUUAUGCUCAACUUAGUUCUUGGUGUCCUUAGUGGAGAGUUUUCGAACGAACGAAAUCGUGUCGAACGUCGCAUGGAGUUUCAAAAAUGCCGCUUUCGGGCCAUGUUUCAGACAGCAAUGGUCUCGUACCUUGACUGGAUCACACAAGCAGAGGAGGUUAUCCUGGCCGAGGAGCGAACAACGGAAGAAGAGAAAAUGCACAUAAUGGAGGCGCGAAGACGAAACGCUGCCAAGCGGAAAAAGCUGAAAAGCUUGGGAAAAUCAAAGUCCACAGAUACGGAGGAAGAGGAAGCCGAGGAAGACUAUGGAGACGAUGGUUACCUCAAAACGCGCUCCAAACCUCAAGGAAGUUGUACCGGAUUUUGGCGGGCGGAGAAGAGGUUUCGCUUCUGGAUCCGGCACACGGUAAAGACGCAGUGGUUCUACUGGUUCGUGAUCGUCCUCGUCUUUCUGAACACAGUCUGCGUUGCCGUCGAGCAUUACGGCCAGCCCUCGUUCCUCACGGAGUUUCUGUACUAUGCUGAAUUCAUCUUCCUGGGACUCUUCAUGUCGGAGAUGUUCAUCAAGAUGUAUGCGUUGGGGCCCCGCAUCUACUUUGAGUCGUCGUUCAACCGAUUUGAUUGCGUUGUCAUUAGUGGUUCGAUAUUCGAAGUGAUCUGGUCCGAGGUGAAAGGCGGUUCGUUCGGUCUGUCUGUGCUGCGUGCCCUGCGAUUGUUGCGCAUCUUCAAAGUCACCAAGUACUGGUCGUCGCUGCGCAAUCUAGUCAUCUCUCUGUUGAACUCGAUGAGAUCGAUCAUCUCAUUGUUGUUCCUGCUCUUCUUGUUCAUCCUCAUAUUCGCCUUACUGGGCAUGCAGUUGUUUGGCGGCCAGUUCAAUCUGCCCGGAGGCACGCCUGAAACCAAUUUUAACACAUUCCCGAUAGCACUGUUGACUGUAUUCCAAAUCCUCACUGGCGAAGAUUGGAACGAGGUCAUGUACCAGGGCAUCAUAUCUCAGGGUGGUGCGCAGAAAGGAAUGAUUUACUCUAUAUACUUUAUCGUUUUGGUACUCUUCGGAAAUUACACGCUAUUGAAUGUGUUCUUGGCUAUCGCCGUUGAUAAUUUGGCGAAUGCCCAAGAACUUACAGCAGCCGAAGAGGAACAAGUCGAAGAGGAUAAAGAGAAACAACUGCAGGAGCUCGAGAAGGAGAUGGAGGCCCUCCAGGCGGAUGGAGUCCAUGUCGAGAACGGCGAUGGUGCUGUCGCCCCCAGCAAGUCCAAGGGCAAGAAAAGGGAGGAGGAGAAGAAGGAGGAGGAGGAAGUGACCGAGGGUCCCAAGCCGAUGCUGCCCUACUCAUCGAUGUUUAUACUAUCACCAACUAAUCCCAUAAGACGCGGCGCCCAUUGGGUGGUUAAUUUACCAUAUUUUGAUUUCUUCAUUAUGGCUGUCAUCUCAAUGUCAUCAAUAGCAUUAGCAGCCGAAGAUCCCGUUCGUGAGAACUCGAGCCGAAACAAGAUAUUGAAUUAUUUCGAUUAUGCAUUUACCGGCGUAUUCACGAUAGAAAUGUUGCUGAAAAUUGUAGACUUGGGUGUGAUCCUGCACCCUGGCAGCUAUUUAAGAGAAUUCUGGAAUAUUAUGGAUGCUGUGGUCGUUAUAUGCGCUGCUGUUAGUUUCGGUUUCGAUAUGAGCGGUAGCAGCGCUGGACAAAAUUUAUCGACUAUUAAAUCGCUUCGGGUAUUGCGUGUACUACGCCCAUUGAAGACCAUUAAGCGUGUACCGAAAUUGAAAGCCGUGUUCGAUUGCGUCGUGAACUCAUUGAAAAAUGUUGUUAACAUUCUAAUCGUGUACAUAUUGUUUCAAUUUAUAUUUUCUGUUAUUGGAGUACAAUUGUUCAAUGGAAAAUUUUUUCAUUGUACGGACGAAAGUAAACAUACUUCCGCAGAGUGCCAGGGCUCGUACUUCAAGUACGAGGAGGACGAACUGCUGCCAAAACAGGAACAAAGGGUCUGGAAGCCCCGGGCCUUUCACUACGACAAUGUUGCCGCUGCGAUGUUGACCCUGUUCGCCGUUCAGACCGGCGAGGGAUGGCCACAGGUCUUGCAACACUCAAUGGCUGCCACUUAUGAAGAUAGGGGUCCAAUCCAAAAUUUCCGGAUCGAAAUGUCCAUAUUUUAUAUUGUGUAUUUUAUUGUAUUUCCGUUCUUCUUCGUCAACAUAUUCGUGGCCUUGAUUAUUAUUACGUUUCAAGAGCAAGGCGAAGCUGAGUUACAAGAUGGCGAAAUUGACAAAAAUCAGAAAUCCUGCAUCGAUUUUACUAUAGGAGCUCGUCCACUCGAACGCUAUAUGCCCAAGAAUCGAAACACCUUCAAGUAUAAAGUGUGGCGCAUUGUGGUGUCAACGCCUUUUGAGUACUUCAUCAUGAUGUUGAUCGUAUUCAAUACCCUUCUGCUGAUGAUGAAGUAUCACAAUCAAGGAGACAUGUACGAAAAGGCGCUGAAGUACAUCAACAUGGGAUUCACCGGAAUGUUUAGUGUAGAAACGGUGCUGAAGAUCAUUGGAUUCGGUGUUAAGAACUUCUUCAAGGACCCGUGGAACAUAUUUGAUUUAAUCACCGUUUUGGGCAGUAUUGUGGAUGCACUUUGGAUGGAAUUCGGGCACGAUUCGAACUCAAUCAACGUCGGCUUCCUGCGUUUGUUUCGAGCGGCGCGACUUAUCAAAUUACUUCGUCAAGGAUACACGAUUCGAAUUCUACUGUGGACAUUUGUGCAAUCCUUUAAGGCACUUCCCUAUGUCUGUUUGCUUAUAGCCAUGCUAUUUUUCAUAUACGCCAUUAUCGGCAUGCAGGUGUUCGGGAAUAUCAAACUAGGUACAGUGGAAAAUUCCAUUACUAGACACAACAACUUCCGAACAUUUGUUCAAGGCGUCAUGUUGCUAUUCAGGUGUGCAACUGGCGAGGCCUGGCCCAACAUAAUGCUGGCAUGUUUGAAGGGCAAGGCCUGCGACGAUGACGCCGAGAAGGAACCUGGGGAGUACUGCGGAUCCACACUGGCCUACGCCUACUUCGUAUCGUUUAUAUUCUUCUGCUCCUUCCUGAUGCUGAACCUGUUCGUCGCCGUCAUCAUGGAUAAUUUCGAUUAUCUCACCAGGGACUCCAGCAUACUGGGUGCCCAUCACUUAGACGAAUUUGUGCGCAUAUGGGCGGAAUAUGAUCCAAAUGCGACUGGAAAAAUACACUACACGGAAAUGUACGACAUGCUGAAGAAUAUGGAUCCACCGUUGGGUUUUGGCAACAAGUGUCCCAACCGACUGGCCUACAAGAAACUGAUUAGAAUGAAUAUGCCAUUGGACGAUGAAUUGAGAGUUCAGUUCACCACAACGUUGUUCGCUUUGAUUCGCGAGAAUCUCAGCAUCAAAAUGAGAGCGCCUGAGGAAAUGGACCAGGCGGACAUGGAACUGCGGGAGACCAUCACGAACAUCUGGCCAUUGCAGGCGAAGAAGAUGCUGAACCUGCUGGUGCCGCCCAGCGACCAGCUCAACAAGGGCAAACUGUCCGUGGGUAAAAUCUAUGCAGGUUUCCUCAUCCUGGAGUCCUGGCGCAGCACGCGGUUCGGCCAACUUGAUUCGGGAAUGCCGAAACAAUCAUUCUUUAACUGCCUCCUCGAUAUGGCCGCCCUUGACAAAGGAGGAUCGCGACAGGGCUCCAUAAGUUUCGAGCCGAAUGGGGAAGGAGCCGCCAACUCACAAACACAUUUGUUAGCCAGCACGCACCACCACCACGCAAACGGUGAUGCCGAACACAACAGUUUGGCAACACUAGCACGGCGGAGUACGAUCAGAAAGCGAUCAGUUAGAAACAAAAAGAUGCUGGAGCUGCAGGACGCAUCGAGACACCCCUCGCAGGAGUCGCUUACCGGUGCCGAUGCUGGCCAUCUACAUCCUGGACAUUCGUACAUGAAUGGCCAUCGGCGUUCGCCUAGCUUGAGGCACAACGGCUCUCCACUGGCCAGAUCUCCGAGUCCUCGACGGCGUGGCCAUCAAUACAUACAUCAUGAUAUCGGGUUCUCCGAUACCGUAUCUAAUGUUGUAGAGAUGGUCAAGGAGACUCGUCAUCCUAGGCAUGGCAACAGUCAUCCGCGGUAUCCAAGAGGUUCAUGGUCAGCAUCGACAAGUCCGGCCCGUUCGCCUUCGCCUUCUCGAUAUGGUGGUCAUUUGUCUCGCAGUAAACGCACUCAACUGCCUUAUCCCACAUAUGGGACAACCAGUCUAUGUCAAAGAUCACGAUCGCCGAGUCCCGCUAGACUUCAGGAGAUGCGUGAACGAGACAGACUUGGUUAUGGGAUUGAUAUGGGUGUAACGCAUGUACAGCACAGUUACCCAACACUGGCCUCCCGAAGAGCCGGAAUCGGAAGACGCCUUCCUCCGACUCCCAGCAAACCGUCAACACUGCAGCUCAAGCCGACCAAUAUCAAUUUCCCGAAGCUGAAUGCCAGUCCCACACAUACACACCACUCAACGCCCCACAGUGUUCACUCGCUACCACACCACCGCGACCUGCUGCGAGAUCCUAGGGAUAUGUACUACAGUAGUAGAGAACGCGAGCGGGAUCGCGAACGCCUUAGGGAUCGGGAUCGCGAAAGGGAUCGCGAUCGCCUGCACGAGUACGACCUGCGCUACGAGUACCGGGAUCGGGAACGGGAGUUGUACGAGCGCGAAAGAGAUCGCGAGCGGGAGGUCGAAAGAGAAAGACUGGAAUAUAUAGCACCGCUGUCAUUCGAGCAAGCGCUGGCUAUGGGCCGAACAGGUCGUGUACUGCCAUCUCCAGUUCUAAAUGGUUUUAAGCCAAAGAGUGGUCUGAACCCUCGACACUCCGAUUCGGAUGAGGAGGAUUGGUGCUAGCAAAGGCUUUGAUUGCGAUCGCGUAAUCGAAAGGAUCAGAUCUGGGUAUAGCAUCAGGCCAUUUGCUCCUCGUUGUCAGCACCAAACUUAGAUCACAAUUUUGAUACGAUACGACACAGCUACCAGAUACCCGAACAUCAGCAAAUCCUUCCAUACCUUUGUCCAGCAGUACACCAGCACCAACAGCAACACCAACAGCAACAGCAACACCAACAUCAACGACCACACCAAGAGCAGCACCUAUAUCAAAGGUAUGGCACGAACGUAUCGACACCGAAACUAGGAACAACUAUAUCUGAUAUCAAAUUGGCUGGAGUUAGCUUACAGGAAUUAAACCCGAAUCGACAACCGCAAUCGCAACAGAAGCAGGAGCAACAAUUGCAUCAGGAUGGGUGGCUGAGAUGGUACCGGCCAGCGGGUCCAUACGGAUCCCCAGUGAUGGCAUCAUUGCCGGAGACCAGAACAACAUCGCCCCACUCCGAUAUCGAAUUCAUUAGAAGUAUGAAGAGAAGUGAAACCGGAACAACUGCAAUAACACCAAGGACAACUAAAACUGAAGCAAUGAUAUUAAGCGUACCAAUUACAAUAACGUCCCCAUUAGCUAUUAAAAAGAUAUAUUCAGAUAAUGACAUUAAUUAUAAUACUGAACGAGGAACUGAUAAUGACAGUGUGGAGGAUGCACCAGCUCAUCAUUAUCUCCAGCCAGAACUUACUACACCAGAUCUACAACACGAGCCACCACUGCAGCAGCAUCACCAGCACUAUCCGCAGUAUUCGUAUCAUACGCUCUAAGGAGCACAGGAUCAAGAACGAGCAUCCAUUAUGCAGGCGCCACACUCCAUAGUUCAUAAUCGGGAAACCAGUGUCCGGAAUCCAGUAACCAGUAACCAGAUCCACUAAAAGUGCAACUUUAUUGAAACUCAAACUGAAACUGAAACUGAGGCGAGGUGUAAAGAAUGAGAGAGAGAUUCCAUUCCACGUGAUGGGAGUAGGAGUGGGGAGAUUGUAAACAGAUUAGAGCUACUAUUUGCUUAGAAAUAGGAGUAGAGAACUUAAUUUUAGAUAUGAAUAUGAUCAAGUGUAUUGUACUUUUUUUUAAUGUAAGGGCAAGUCUAGAUGAAGAGCACAUCAAAAUGAAGCUAACGAUAACAGAACUCUUUCAAGCAGAACACACAUAGAUCUAGGUCGAAAAUACAUAGGACAUAAAGAUUGUAGGUACUCGCAUACAUUGUAAGUUAUCUAGGACUUAGCUCGAGGAAUCGGAACGGUAAUCUGCAAGCGUUUUUGACUUGUUUGUAUUAAAAGUUAGUAAUUCAAUUACGUGUAUUUAAAUGCGACAUUUUAUUUAUUCAAUGUACAUACCAGAUAAUUGUAGAUAUCAAAUAGUUUCUUUUUUUUCUAUUGUAUGUAAUAUACUUACCUACGACUACUAUUAUAAAUACCUUCAUCAAAAAGCAACCCGAUAGCGAAUAUUAGCCACAAUUCUGUGCAAUUUAAUCCCCUACGGUUUUACAUUCAGUUGUGUAUUUAUACUCGAGCGGAUACAUUUUUCGACCACAUGGCAAAUCCACCACAGAAGCUAACACCAAACACCAAAGCUAAAUCCAAAUAUCUCAAUUAUGACCAAAGCAUGUAUCUGUAAAGUAAGCAUCAUUCAGCGCCAUUUGUGUAUACAGACCUUUGCAAUUUACAAUAGCUUGUCAUAUUUCCCUUAGCAAAUGGAACGCUGCUCUAUACUCUGUAUUACUCUGUAAUGUGCAACCAAAGAAAGGUUUAUGCUUCUGUUAAUGCAUUUCGUAUGCUGAAAUUAGCUCCUCGCAAAUUUCCGAUCAGUUGAGAGACUCGAUGUCCAAGUGUAUUUAUAAACAACAAUAAAUUGUUUCCGCAAUCGAGCAUCCUCAACGUAAACAAAAACAUGUGUAGAUAUAAUACACCUCCGACUCCUCAUAUUGAAUUGAAUGUGUAAAAUGUGUAAAAACGCAGAGCUCAUGGCACACCAAACGUAAUGUAUUCAAUAUAUAGCCAUGCACACAGCCCCUCCAACUCACUACCAGAAAAUGCAGUCAUCAUGUGUAUAGAUAGACGAAUCGUACAUGUUGGACGACGGGAUAUCGAAGAGCGCACAAUAAUUGUAAUUUAAAGAAAAGAAUCCAUAACUUAAGUAAAUAAUUAUAGCAGCUGAGCAGUAAUGCGAAUUUACACAGCAAAUGAACUUACCAUUACGAAUAUGACGAUGACUAGAGUAGAGUGCAUACGGCAGUUAAAAUGAAACAGAACAUUUAGCAAACAGAAACACUUGCCCUAAACUAACUUAACUGAGCUGACUUUAGCUGUGUACGAUACUUAAAUAUUAACUGAGCAAUACUGAAUAGGGAAAACGACUAACCUAGAAACGAUUAACCCAAAUAUACACUCAAAAAGGUCAAGAUCGCCAUUUAACUUGGAAACUCGCCAUUUUAAUGUUCGCCAUUUACGGCUGUAAGCCGUAAGUUUGAAAAAUGCCCGAAAUUUAUCCCAACUUAGUAUUUCGUUAGUAUUUCGUAUUGAAAUUGCUGAUUUUGUUAGAUAUUAGUUUGUGAUAGCAAUAAUCACUAUUUUUACUUUACCGGACACGAAGAGCAGAAGUCUUGCUGAUAUUGUUUGUAAACUAAAUUUCUCGUUGUGAAGUUUUUUAAAACCUCUUCAUUUUUGAUUUUAUGGCGAUUUUCUAAAAUCUAGAGAACAAGGGGGGAGUGUGGAAACGGUAACCGACAAGCGUAUUCUUCUAUAAUUAUCUUAAUUACGGAUGCUGACAUACAUUGAAGAUAUAUAUACACGCCUACAUACAUAGAUAAAUAUACAAUAGUUUAUAACUAGUAUCAAAUAAAAUGGGAACUCCAUCGCUAAGGAAAAACAAAGAUCGCCGAUAUAAAAGUUCACUCUCCAAUGAUUAAUAAUUAAUUGUAUACACGUUGCACGUUGUAUUUCCGAGGUUCACUUUUGACUACUUCCAGUAAAAGUUUGUCCACGUGGCAAAUGUUUCAAGUCCUCAGUCCUAGGCUAAGAUCCGAUUUUUUACCUUCAUUUUGCACCGCUUGCUUAACAUUAACAUUCGAAUUAUAACUAGCGAUAUUCCCACACCAGUAGAGUUCUUGGAAGGGCAGCUUAGGGCUCAUUAGCUCAAUUACUACUACUGAAUCAUUGCCCCGAUGCCAAAACUAAACAAAAUAUAGAAAAUAAUAAAACACCAAAAAAAUAAUAAAAAAUACAAGAAAAAAACGAAACCAAAACCAAAAAAGAAUAGAAAUGAGUACAAAGUAUGAAGUUAGUUUACUGAUAUGGAUUCAGUAUCAGACGUUUAUCCAGUUCAUGAUGCCCAUAGAGCAAAUAUUUAGUUAGCAACAAUUUGGCAAGCUCGUGACCACUUCAAUCCGAUUCCAUUCGAUUCGCUUUCCAAGUCCCACUAUCUUCGCUUCGUCCUUCGAAAAAGGCUCCCAGCUGGCCGACCGCGAACUCUGCCCAACUUUACUCCUACUUGUACGUCGUACUCGAAAAUGGUCAGGUGCCAGGUGGCGGGAUCGAGUAUCCACAUCACAUUCCGGGGAAGAACAAGUCGGGCACCGCGUACCGCCAUUUGAUAGAAAAUAUAAACAAAUAAGAAACAAACAUACACAUAAACUUACACAAUGCUGCGAUCGAUUGUUCUUCCAGAUCCAGAUCCUUGCAUUCCCCACACAUGCAAAUGCCAUGGGUAGCACUGCCCGAUCCAGAUCCAGAUUCAGAUCCAGUCAUUACAUUCUAAAGCUGGUUACAUAUGUAUCCUAAGGUUGAUUAACACCAGGCUGCUGCCGAGCCAAACCUCAGUUCGAAUACUGGAGUUCCAAUCCAGAAACUGAGGUGACCCCGAACGGUCCGCUCCUGUGUUCCUUGACUCAUGUCGUAGGUGGCUUACUUCUUUCAAAACAGCAAACAACCACAUUUAACCACAUUUAACCCUAACUACGAUUCGACUGUGUAUUUUGUUAUUUGUUUACUGUCUGGUGUGAGCGGUUACAUGAAAAAGAAACUAAACAAAAAACCAAAACCAAAAAGAACGGAAACAAGCUAAAAUAAAAAGGAAAUACAUAUAUGUAAGUAGAUCUGACUUUUUUUUACAAAGCAACAAGAUAUAUAAAGUAUAGGAUGUGUGAGGGGAUGAUUUGCGAAUAGGAAAGGAAACAAAAUUAAUAAUAAUGAAAUUAGUUUAAAUUAGAAGAAUGUAACUGUUACGGCUAAAUUGUAAUGAUAAAAUAUAUACAUAAAUGUAUGGAGGAAAACAUAAAUAUAAAUUAAAAUAUCUUAACUUAAUAUUCUAAGUGAAUAAAGCAGUUAAAUUAAUUACUAAGAUACGCUAGAGAUAAUUAAACUACAUUUAAUAAUUAUGUAAUUAUAAAGAUGACUCGUAAUUUAUAUACAAGAUAUACAUACAUAAACAUAUAAUAACAUAAAUACCUGCCUUCAACAAAUUUGUUAAUAAAACUAUUAAUACUUUCUUAUUUUACAUAAAGUAAAGGAAUACCAUAAUAAAAACAAAAACAA